AAAAGGCGAUCGCAUCAAAGCAAGUGAUGAGAAUCGAAGACUUGACGAACAACAAUGUACAUGUUUCCCAACUCUCUCUGAACUCUUUCUCCAAUUCACGUCUCUUGGAUUUCUAUACCACGCUACAUGGAUACCCAGUCUGACUCUGGUUCUCCAGACGCGAGCAUUGACUCAUCAAAUGGCAAGAAAGCUCGCCGACAAGUCGCGUUCUACCCGAACAUGAACUCGUCCAACAAACCACUGAAACCAUUUAGCAGGAGUGCAGCCAAGAGGGAAAGUGUCAUGGCUCUGGGGAGUAUAGAACAUCUCCAACAUUACUUUACAAAGUCUGGCAUCGCUGCGGAGAGCAAUCCGUUAUUGAACAAGCCCAAUAGCGGCAUGGUACCCGCCAUUGGUGGUUUGUCAAGUUUGAAAUCUCGGCCAGCUACAUUGCAGGGGAUCCCCACAUUAGCUCUGCCACCUUCACCUGUGGUCCCAGAGAUCGUUCAGCCUGUCUUUUCUCCUCACCACAAGACAUACGAAACUGACCCCGAGAAUCUACGUCCUGGAGUUGUAGACGAUCUCUCUGCUGUUGAGAAAGCAUGGUUCCCCAAUGGCGCGGAUCAGCCAGAACUACUCAGUAUCUCCGGCUCUUCGAAAUCGACAUCUAGCGUGGAUAUUUUGGAUAUGUUGAAGACAACGACGCACGCCGUACGAUCUGUACGAAAUUACCUUUUGUCUCUACCCGAUGAUUCUUUUUCGCCUCAACAAUCACAAUUUCGUGCUCAAGCACUUCCAACUCUUAAACCACUGAGACGGCAAGCUUCACAGCCCAACCUCGCAUCCGACCCCUUGAGCCAAAUACGUGCGGCAGCGCUAGAGGUCCUCAUCGUUCUUCGCGCUUUGGAAGAGUCAUCAAGACUGCCACUAUGUGAUGACGCUUACGAUGCUCAAAGUGAUCAUGGCGACAAUGCAGAGCAUGCUUCCACUUCGGGUUCCGGGUCGACUUUAGGCUCGGGUGAUCACUCCCGAGGACCAUCUCCAGAUUUUCUGGAUGCGGAUGUUGACACCUCUAUUUCAUUUGUGCAAGUGGGUGGUGGGCUGAGGUCGGUGCCAGUGUGGGACGACGACGAGAGUGGGUUUGACAUGAACCAUGCUCCGGUGGAAGAGGCUAAGGAACGCUGGGACGAACGGCUAGUUCUCGGUGGUGGCUGGCUCUACCGCCAGGAUAUAAAACGAGGAGAUCUUUCCAAGGAGCAGGAUAUUGUUGGACGAUAUCUCGAUAUAGUCGAUCAGGUGCUUUUCGGUGGAAGGACAGAUGGCAAAAGAGGUUGGGAACGGGAACGCAUGAAGUCAAGAGGAAAAGGUAGCAGGAGGGUCAGUUCAGGUGAUGUGCAGGACAGCCCAUCCACUAGGUCGAGAAGCAAGCGGAGAGUGGUAUCAACGGGGAUGUUAGAUGCGAUGAAGACGAUGAUGGUGACGGAAGAACCAGAAGAGAUGGAAACCCUGUCAGAAACGGAAAGCAUUGAGGAUGAUGACUUGCCAGAGUGGGCAAGACGAUCGGCAUUCCAAGAUGAUCCACUUGCGCGAGCCUAUGCGCUCCUCCAGGCACUUCUGCCGUCAUCCCUACAACCCCUGCUACCAUCCUCAUCAUCCGAUCGAAUAGCUUUCUUAACCUGUCUCGCCUCUGGUCAAUUGCCGUGUAUAGCUUAUAACGUUGGGGUCCGGCGGUCUCGCAAACCAUGGGGUUACGUGAGCAAGGACGCGAUACAUGACAUUGCCAUGCUAGAGAGCCAACAAGUCGAAGGUGAUACGCAGGAACAACGUGAGAGGGCGAAGAAAGGUUGGACGUUCAGGCGAACAGAUAAUCUGCGACUAUGGUCUGCGGCGCUGAAGCUGCGGUACAUGAUACCUAUCAUCACGCCAAACCCAUCCAGAUCGGCCUUGAACACACCUGGAAACACACCUAUAUCAUCACCAUCGCCCUCCAUGCAGAAGUUCCCGACAGGUGAGAUACCGAUCCUAUUCGACGCACCCGUGGUGGCACGACUAGAUCCCGGGUGGGAGGAUAUGCUCGAGACUGUGGUACUCAAGUGGGUCGAUGCCGUCGUGGAGGAAAGGAGAGCGCAACGAUAAAAAUGUUCCCUUGUGCCUUUCGCUCAUGACGUGUACAGGACAUUAUUAGUGAUAAUUGGAUGAAAGUUAAGACGUUUUCGAAGAGUGUACAAGUACCUGAUAGUGUAGGUUCAGAAAUAAUGGUCGUAUCCUAUGCUCUCACAUCACUAUGCCACAUCCCCUUGCAUUACAUACCACUGCACUUUAUACUUAUGCUUAUAUGGAUAGAGAUAACGGACUUUCUUUUAUAUGGCUACAUUGCAGACGCUUUGGGGGCUCGCGCCCUAGUGUUCAGAUGUACGCUUGAGGCGUGUCUACGACUGGUGAUCGUCCCGGUACCCUCUCGCUAUUCCACUUCGACCUUGCUCGAGGACGCUGGGGGCGUCUUCUCCGAUCCUGGUUUCGAGACCUCGGAACGUCCGGUUCUGCAGGAAUUGACCUAAUGUCGACGUCAAUGUGAGGGAAACCCGUGAUGGAGCUUUGCGGAACUCACCUGCUGCACUAUCCGGCAUCACAGUGACUGCAUUAUCUUGAUUUCGCAAGACAAUGGCAGAAGAUGAUUCUUUUUGGUCGUGCUCUGCAGUCGCCUGGGCUGCUUGAGAAAUACAUCAGUCUCU